UGGGGCGGCGAGUGGAGCUGCAGGAGCCGAGCGGGACGCGACGCGACGGCUGUGCCGGGUGCAGGGGCUAGAGCGGGCUCCCGGCCGCAGGGAGCGAGGGACGGCGCGGAGCCGCUGCGGACGGUACAGCAUGUGUGCAGAGCUCAAUAACGGAUGUUAAAUAUAUGGAGAUAUACCUAUCUCAUAGAACUGGAAGGGACCUUGAAAGGUCAUCAAGUCCAAUCCACUGCCUUCACUAGGAGGACCAAGUACUGAUUUUUGCCCUAGAUCCCUAAAUGGCCCCCUAAAGGAUUGAACUCACAACCUGGGUUUAACAGGCCAAUGCUCAAACCACUGAGCUAUCCCUCCCCCAUGUUCUAUGGCAAGUACAUCAGAAGAAGGUGUAACAGGCUGUAAAAUUCAGCUAAACUUGAAUUCUUGGUCCCAGGAGUGCCAGGAAACUCAGAAAAGGAAUUAAUUGGAAGAAUAUUGAUCUAGACUUGAAGAAGUGGAACACAUCAGCAACAUAAUACCAAAUCCUGGUGCUUUUUGAAUCUUUGGAGGAUUGUAUUCUUUAGGAAUUCCUAUUGACAUUUUAACUAUCCCAUUUAGUACAUUUUUAAUCUGUUUGUACAUAAAGAUUAAUCUGGACAACUUGAGUUUUGUUAUUGUUUAAUUACGUUAUUGAAUGUUAAAAUAUUUGCCAAGAUGAGUGCAGAAGGAUACCAGUACAGAGCUUUAUAUGACUACAAAAAAGAGCGAGAAGAAGACAUUGACUUGCACUUAGGGGAUAUAUUAACUGUGAAUAAAGGUACCUUAGUAGCACUUGGAUUUAGUGAAGGGGAAGAAGCGAAGCCUGAGGAAAUUGGUUGGUUGAACGGCUGUAAUGAAACCACAGGGGAGAGGGGGGAUUUUCCAGGAACUUACGUAGAAUAUAUUGGAAGAAAAAAAAUAUCUCCCCCGACUCCGAAGCCUCGUCCUCCUCGACCCCUUCCUGUAGCACCAAGUUCUGCAAAAGUUGAAGCAGACAGUGAGCAGCAAGCUUUUACACUUCCAGAUCUUACAGAGCAAUUUUUGCCUCCUGACGUCGCUCCACCAAUUCUUAUCAAGAUAGUGGAGGCUAUUGAAAAGAAAGGUCUGGAAUGUUCAACUUUGUACAGAACACAAGGGUCAAGCAGUAUUGCAGAACUAAGACAAAUUUUUGAGUGUGAUGCCUCAUCAGUGGAUUUUGAGCCAAUUGAUGUGCAGAUCUUAUCAGAUGCUCUCAAGAGGUAUCUCCUGGACCUGCCAAAUUCUGUCAUUCCAGCAUCUGUUUACAGUGAAAUGACUUCAGGAGCUCAAGAAGUUCAGAGCUCGGACGAAUAUGCUCAGUUGCUGAAGAAACUCAUCAGGUCUCCAAAUAUACCUCACCAGUAUUGGCUCACUCUCCAAUAUUUGCUUAGACAUUUCUUCAGACUUUGUCAAACCUCCAGCAAAAAUCUCUUGAAUGCAAGAUCCUUAGCUGAAAUUUUCAGCCCUCUGCUUUUCAAAUUCCAGUUAGGAAGUUCUGAUAAUGCUGAACACCUCGUAAAAAUCCUAGAAGUUUUAAUCACAAGUGAAUGGAAUGAGAGACAGCCUGUACCAGCACUGCCUCCUAAACCACCAAAACCUAAUACUGUAAUUAACAACGGUAUGAAUAACAACAUGUCUUUACAAGAUGCUGAAUGGUAUUGGGGAGAUAUCUCAAGGGAAGAAGUAAAUGAGAAGCUUCGUGACACUGCUGAUGGUACCUUUUUGGUACGAGAUGCUUCUACCAAAAUGCAUGGAGACUACACACUUACACUAAGGAAAGGGGGAAAUAACAAAUUAAUCAAAAUAUUUCACCGAGAUGGGAAGUACGGCUUUUCCGACCCAUUAACUUUCAACUCUGUGGUUGAGCUAAUAAACCACUACCGGAAUGAGUCUCUAGCCCAGUAUAAUCCUAAACUGGAUGUAAAAUUACUUUAUCCAGUAUCCAAGUACCAGCAGGAUCAAGUUGUGAAAGAGGACAGUAUUGAAGCAGUGGGAAAGAAAUUACAUGAAUAUAACACUCAGUUCCAAGAAAAGAGUCGAGAAUAUGACAGACUCUAUGAAGAUUACACCAGAACAUCUCAGGAAAUUCAAAUGAAAAGAACGGCUAUUGAAGCGUUUAAUGAAACAAUAAAAAUAUUUGAAGAGCAGUGCCAGACACAAGAAAGAUACAGCAAAGAGUAUAUUGAAAAGUUUAAACGGGAAGGAAAUGAAAAAGAAAUACAAAGAAUAAUGCACAACUAUGAGAAGUUGAAGUCUCGAAUAAGUGAAAUUGUGGACAGCAGACGUAGACUAGAAGAGGAUUUAAAGAAGCAAGCAGCUGAAUAUAGAGAGAUUGACAAACGUAUGAACAGCAUUAAACCAGACCUUAUACAGCUGAGAAAGACAAGAGACCAGUACUUGAUGUGGUUGACUCAAAAAGGUGUUCGGCAAAAGAAGUUAAAUGAAUGGCUGGGCAAUGAAAAUACAGACGACCAAUACUCUAUGGUGGAAGAUGAUGAGGAUUUGCCCCAUCAUGAUGAGCGAACGUGGAAUGUGGGAAAUAUCAACAGAAGCCAAGCUGAAAAUCUGCUGCGGGGAAAACGGGAUGGAACGUUCCUUGUUCGGGAGAGCAGCAAACAGGGCUGCUACGCCUGCUCUGUUGUGGUGGAUGGAGAAGUAAAGCACUGUGUCAUAAACAAAACCCCUACUGGGUAUGGAUUUGCAGAGCCAUAUAACUUGUACAGCUCUCUUAAAGAACUGGUGCUACAUUACCAACACACAUCACUCGUGCAGCACAAUGACUCUCUCAAUGUCACACUAGCCUACCCAGUAUAUGCACAGCAGAGGCGAUGAAGACCUUAAUACUCUGUUUUAAAACAAAAAAAUCAACAACACUGAGGCCUCUGGAGAGAGAAGGUUCCUUUCAGCCUGAUUUGUGAAUUUCAGCUGCAGUAUCAAAGCUGUCCGUCUUCAGAUGGGACUAGAGCUUUCUUGACAACUGCAGUGGGAGAGAUCACAGUAUUAAGCUGUGAAUGUAUGUUUCUAAUCUAAAGUGCUUUUUUAUUGAGAAAAGAAAAACACAACAAGAGAGGGAAAUGCUAUACCUAUCUCCCUGCAGGAACAUAGAGGCCUUUAACCAUGGUGCUUGUUUACGAUCUCUUUGAAGCUUUACCAGCUAGAAUGUGGGAUUCUGCAGACCCAAGGGGCAACAGGUCUGUGUAAUUCUGUUAAUGGAAUUUCUCAGUCAUGGCGAGGUUCAGAUUUGGUGUUGCUGUACUCAGUGGAUCCGGGCACAGAGCAUUGUGGAUUUUCGUUUCCUGAUGAAUGAUAUGUAGCAGAAUGGCACUUUCACUUAUAAGGGACACUUUAAAAAGACUUCGGUUACAGUAUGUUGUUCAGAGGAAAUGAUGUAGUAGCAAAGUGCCAGGAAGUGUUUUGUUUAGAUGUUUAAAAUCCCGUGUUAAGAACAUAUUUAAGACUGAAGAGAAUGGGACUUUCAAUGGCAUAUGGUAUAUAAAAAUGUACAUAGUGGAUGACUAACUAUCAUCAAUGGAAACUAUCAAUACCAAACUGCUUCUAUUUUCUCUUUUCUGUUUGCUGAAAGCUGAAUCCUUAGACAGUGCUAUGCAAUACUGAAUUUUCUUUUGGUUAUAUUUCUUUUUCAAGUAUACCGACAGGAUAAGCUUUUUUUCUGUUUUUUGUUGCCUGAAAAUGUUUUUCCUGAGUAUUAUUUUUUGUUAAUAUUCAUUUUAUUGUUCGGGAUUUUUUGUUUUGUUGUGUUUUUUUAAGAAAUGUACAGGAUGCCAGUAAAAGUUGGCUUCAGAAUUAAAACUAUGAAUAUUUUACAGUUUUCCUUGUAUAGAAGGUUAAAAAGGUUGGUUUUUUUAUUUUUUUUUAUUUUUUUUUUUUUUUGGACUAAAUAUUUUGUUGGGCAGUGCCUGAUAAGCUUCAAAGCUGCUUUAUUCAAUAAAAAUAUAUGAGCAUUACAAAGUAUCACUGAGUCUAACAAUAUUGUUUCAAGGAUACCUUUAGAAUACGGUACCACGCUAUAUUUGCUUCUUAAAGCCUUUUGAACUUCUGUCCCGAUUGUCUUUGUAUUUGGAAGAAAAAAAAUGUGCAUCCUCUUCUGAGUGUUACUAUGGAAGAACAAAUGAAAAACUGGGUACUAUAGUAGUCAGUUUGGAUUUCAAGCUCAAUCCACAUAGUAAAUCCAUCAUAAAAAGUAAAUCCAGCAUCUUGACCUACCAUAGUAGACUUUGUCAGCAUGUCAAGAUACCUUUCAUUUCAUAUGAAGGAACAGAGGGGUAGCCAUGUUAGUCUGGAUCUGUAAAAAGCAACUAAGAGUCCUGUGGCACCUUUUAGACUAACAGACGUAUAGGAUAUGUCUGUUAGUCUAUAAGGUGCCACACGACUCUUUGUUGCAUAUGAAGGAAGAUUCUCUAAAAUGUUUGUUUUUUGUAUUAGUAGAAAAAGACCCCCAAGUUUGUUCUGAACAAUAGAGUACAAGAUAAAGUAAAUUCAGAUGGGAAAACCUUGCUUUUUUAACAUUACGAUUUUUUGUUAUUUUCACAAACUUAUUUACUGAAAGGUAAUGUCAUCUAAAACAACAAAUUUAAAAUUCCAGGUACCAAAGAGUUACAGGAUUUCUAUUCGUUAAAGAAACAAAGGAUGUCAGUGUCCCACUUACCAAAAUUGUAAAGGGUUAUUCACUGUGGGUUUCUGACAUGGUUAUCCACUCACAACAUUGGAUAAAUUCAUGCUGCUACUUCGCUUUUUAUGGAUUAAUAGGGCAAUGAUGUCUGAGAGGAAUCUUGAAGAUUUUUAGUCCAGGUGAGAUAUUAAUUUGUUUUUCUUUGAACUACAAGUGGAACGCCCUUUAUUGUUAAAGGGAGUUAGUUGCAUGCACAAUGGUGGAAAUAAAUCCCAUUGAGUUCUCUGAUUAUUGCCCCCCUUUCAAGAAUGUACAUCUUUUAAAAUGAAGUAUUAAGUACUUAUUUAGAAAUCUUUACCUUUUAGAAAUACUGUUAGGCAAUUAGUUUGUCACCUGUGGUUUAUUUCUACAUUACCUCUUCAUUUCUGAUGUUGUGAGGUUUUUGUUUUUAUUUGGUUUUUGUUUUUUUAACCUGUUGACUUUGCUUUUCUGUGGAAUGUAUUUUAUCUUACCAGAACCUAAUCUUUCACAUAUCAGGGAGCAAAGCUCAACCAUCAUUAAUGUCUCAGGACAAUUAAAAUUUCAAAAUCAUUCUGAAUUUUUUUCCAGUUGUACAAGCCUACAGUUCAUCUCUCCUUCCCAGGCAGACUUCUCAGAGUGAGACAAUCUGAAUUUGUUUUUUGUAAUGCCUUUCCUUUACUUCACCAAUUAUUCUGCUUUAAAUGUCAUUCAACAGAGCUCAAAAUUCAAAUCCAUCCAGUAUACAGCAGUUAAGCAACCUUCAUAGUAUGUCAAAAUAUCCUUGUAAGGAUAAACAAAAAUUAAAAAUGUUAAACAUGUUGGAGGAAAAGUAUUGCAUUUAUUUUCUUUAGGCAAAAUGUAUAUAGCCUGGAUUGAUGUGUCCCUUAAAACACUUUUCAGGAAAGGAGGUAGUGAUUAGACAUUUGGGACCUGACUUUCCUCUCAUGUCCACAGAAGUCAGUGGGCCUAGUUCUCAGCUGGGAUACAUUGGGUUGGUCCAUUGCCUUCAGUGGUGCUAGGCCGAUUUACACUACCUGAGGAUCUGUGCUUACGGUGGAGAAAAACUAGUAUAUGUGAGAAUCAGGCCCAGUCUUCUCUUGCACAAACAAGGACAAACAAGCACAAAGCUGAGAAGAUUUUUUCAUUAAGGCAUCUUAAGGUGAAAUUUAGCCUGCACAAGGUCUAUGCACUACUUAAGGAUCAUUUAAACCCUCAAAAUAGGGCUUUAGUUGGUUUGAUGUGGUGCCUAGUCCAUGCGUGGACUCUGCAAAGUGAGGUGUACAGUACUGCAGCUUUGCCAAACACCUUUUUUAAUUGUUGAGGUUUAUGUCCUUCAUAUAUUGUAUGAUCCACUCACUUUGGUUGAACUAAACCAGCUUUAAUAUACCUGGAAACUCAAACUUCAUAUGAACAUGAAACAAAGAUAGGUUGAUAUAACAGAAGAAACAUGGUGCUUUUAAUGUCAUUUCAGCGGUAAUUUUCCCAUCUAAUAUGAUUAAAGUUUUUGAAUACUUAAGUCUCUGAGUUGCCGCAGUACUUUUUACAAGGCUGCUGAAAGGUAGAUGUACAUGUGACCACAAGAAAAGUGAGAGCAAAUUAUUGUUUCUUUAAACUGAAGCUUGGAUUUGGGGGGCGGGUGUGUGUGAAUGGAUCAUAAUCUAGGUGCAUCUUUCACCAAACACAGUCAUUUUGCUCAGUCAAGCACAUGCUGUCACUCAUUCCUUUGUUUAAAAAUACACACAUACACACACAACUUUUUAGGUGAAAGUUGUUUCCAAAUAAAGUGAGAAGAUUGUGUAGUUCUGUUUUUAAAAAUAACUCAUCCGGAUGGUUCACUUAUCUAUCAAAAAAUCUGUAAAGCCAAAUCUUCUGUUUAAUGCCAGCUGUUCUGUAGAAAAGGAGUGACUUUGUCUUGUAAUUGGCAAUGAACCAUAAUGCUUGGGAAAUCCUUCUGAUGCUUCUGGUUGGGAAAACUUCUGCCGGUUAUAACACAGUGCUUUUGCUAUGCAUGGUAUUCAGUUGGGAAAGUGAAUCCUGAUAUUAUUUUUCUUCAGGGUCACUUUAGAAAUGGGCAGCUCAAUGCACAAUGCCUCCCAUGGGACAAGAUUCCAAAAUGCAACAUUCUGUACAAAAAAAAAUAUGAAAUAUUACUAUCAUAGAAGGCUAAACUGGACUGGUGUGUGAGUUGAUAGUUACAUUGCACUUGUCCCUAUGAGACUGCAUUAGCUGCCCAAGAUGCUGCUAUUUUUUGUAUUCUUGUUUUAAAAAAUAAAGCUCUGUUCUGUUAAAUGUCUUUAAAACAUUAAAAUUACUUUGUUAAAAAAUGGUCUUGGAGGAGAUGGAAGGUAGGAUGGGUUGUAAAUUGCCUUUACAAGGCAAUAAUAAAAAUGUGCCUCCUUGAAAUUUUGUUCAAGCUAUAGAUUUGAUGGAGCUGUGUCUUGUUUUUAAGUUGCUUUAAAAAUUGUACUAGGUCUUCAAACAGAAUAAAGAUUGUUUUGAAACUGCA